AUGAGUGAACCACAAUCACCUAACUCAUCAUCCUUAUCAUUAAAUUCAAGUGGUUGGUUUCGACAACAACCGUAUUUUGCUGCUUUUUCUAAUCCAGCAUUAUUGCAGAAUAUCAUGCAUCAUCAACCGGAACCAAAUAAUAUCAAACAAAAUUUUAAUCAUCGUAUACUUCGUUUAGUUGGAACACAAGAUCCAUUUAAAUUAUUUCUUGAUUUAGAACAAAUUAAAAAAAAAUGGUUCUAUGCACAAGAUACACGACAAAUUUCUAAACGAAAAAAAUUUACACAAUAUGUUCUUGA